AUGGAAUUGACCAAAAUGUCAGACAUGACAAAGCUCCACCAGGCUGUGGCUUCAGGGGACUACAAUUUAGUGAGAAAGAUUUUGAAAAAAGGUCUCUGUGACCCAAACUACAAGGAUGUGGACUGGAAUGACCGAACCCCACUUCACUGGGCGGCAAUCAAAGGGCACAUGGAGGUGAUGCAGGUCCUUCUAGAACAUGGAGCCAGGCCCUGCCUGGUAACUGAUGUGGGCUGGACCGCAGCUCAUUUUGCAGCUGAGUCAGGCCAUGUGAAUGUGCUCAAAGUUCUCCACGGACUGCGUGCCCCCAUCGAUGCCCCCGACUUCUUUGGAGACACGCCAAAGAGGAUCGCACAGAUCUACGGGCAGACCGCCUGUGUGGCCUUCCUGGAGAAGGCUGAGCCCGAGUGCCAGGACCACCGGCGCACUGCCAGGCAGAAGGGGCUGCCUCUGGACCAGCAGGACGAAGACUGGGAUGCCAAGAAAAGGGAGCUGGAGUUGUCUCUCCCUUCCUUGAAUCGAAACACUGAUAAGAAAAUGAAUAAAACAAUUCGAGCCCCCACCAGGCCUGGCCAUAUGAAGGAGAGACGGGAGUGA